UGGGCAACUGGGCGGGAUUUAAACCUGACGUCGAUUUCGCUUUCUCCAUCCUCUUCAUUACAAAAAUAUUAUUACAUACAAACUACAGAAAACGCAGAGAUCUGUUAAUGAAGGUACGAUUAGCAUGAUUAAGUUACUGAGUUACGGAGUUACAUCCAUGCUACAUCUCAUCCGGGACAGUUUCUGCUCCAAAUAAACCAGGAAGUGAGGAAGGAAAACGGGCGUCAUUAUUAAACAACUGGUGCCGAUUAUUGCCUGAAGUGCCUUGAGAUGAAUCUUGGAUAAUAGUGACUGUGCAGAAGUAAUAAUGGAAGACUUUUACAGCACUCCAAUUGAAAAAUGGACAGAGUCCAUGGUAAGCAAGUGGUUAACCUCAAUAGGAGUGAAAGAAACAUACAUUCAAAAACUUAAUGAAGAGGAAGUAGAUGGACGAAUACUCCUUGAAAUCACAGAGGAAUUUCUGAAAAAAGAAACUGGAAUGAAAUCUGGCCCAGCACUUUUGAUAAUUAAAAAAAGAAAUGAGUUUGUCAGUAGUUUAAAAAAGGUUCAGAAGCAGAAGAAUAACGCCCAGGAAAACACUGCAAAGAAAGACGAUCAAGGAGCAACAUCCAUCGAGUCUCAUUCAAUAUCCAGCAGGCCACAGACAGUAGAGGAGAAAGAGGAUUCUUUCAUUGUACCAACAACAAAAAGGGAUUCAAAGCCACGACCUUUUGGUAAAAUGGGCACUGACUAUACAUACGUGAAGCACAAUGUUCUUCACCCUGAAACAGGUGUUAUUGAUCUUAUAACCCCAUGUCAUGAAUACAAGGCUUUUACUACUGCUGCUGCUUUAGACCGCCAAAGACUUCAAGCAAAGCUGGCAAGGGAGGUUUUAAAGUUUGCCAUGGGAUGCAUAAACAUUAGAUCAAAUGGCACAAUCCACUUUGGUAUAAUGGACAGCCGGGAAAAUUCUGGCUACGUGCAUGGUGAAAUCAUUGGCAUUCCCAUUACGGAAAAGGACAUGUACGUAGAUUCUCUGGAUCACAUUGAACGGAGUUUCUCCACCUCUGACAGUGAGCUUGUAAGGCAGUGUAUUCGACCACCUGAGUUCAUUCUAGUUGUUGACCCAAAUAGCGAAAAUGUACACUAUGUGGUCGAAUUUGACAUUGUAGCUUCUGCGAGCAUCGUGAAGAAUAGAGUUUUUUCUGUCCGUUUGCCCAACUUCAAAGAGACGUCCAAUAAAGUUGAACAUGAGAAAGGAACAAUUUAUCGAAGGGUUGGCUCCAAAACAGAACCAGUUGUUGAAAUAAGUGAAUUUUACCAAGCAGUCCAAACCAGAGAUGCUCAAAGAGAAAAGGCAGAGCAAGCACAUUGUUUCACAAGCCCAAACCUUUGCCAAGAUCUUGGAAGAAAACUCAUCAUGCUUGUAACAAGUGGCAAGAAACAGAUAGAAAAGGAGAAAUGGUACAUACUUGUCACAAACAAGAUUCCAAAGGAAGAUCUAAACCACAUUGAUUUCUUACUAAACAUGAAGCUAUUCUGUGUGUUUGACUUUGACCCAGAUUCCAUGGUAUCUGGAUUAUGUCAUGAAUAUGUUAAGCACCAUGCUGUGAACCUUCAUUUUAUGCAGAACUACAAGAUUCCAAGUGGCAUGAGCAUCAGAGAAUUUGAGAGCCACCUCCAUUUGUUUGAACAAAUCAGCUGGAUAUUUUGUAAUGGACGCAAUGAUUUCAAAGGUAAUGAGGUGCAUUGUGAUGAAAACACUUGGUCUAAAACAAGGAGGACAUUCCUCAAGGAUUGCGUUUCACUGAUCUGCAAGAAUAUCUUGCCCAAAGGAACCUUUGUUGUGAUCUUCCUUCUUACUUCUCCUGUUGAGACACCUCUUCUGAACACAUUCUAUGAGUUUUUCACUGACAUGGAAGGUCAUGAAGACAUCAUAUGCAUCGCAGAAUCAGAGGAGAACUUUCAAAAAUGGCAGGCAUUUGCUCUUGGAUCCUGUGAAAAUGAAACAGUUAAUGCUUCAAGUGUAGUAGGGAUGAAAAUGAGCCAUGUCAAUGCAACUCUCAAGAGAGUCCAAACCAACACCACUCGUAUAACCAAGAAUUUACCUGUUUAUGUCAAAGGGGAAUGCUGUCUUGAGACAUGUGAAGAGGAAAGGAUGUGUUCCUUGGAGAUUUUAGGUGCCAACCAGUGUGACGACACCAGCUCCGAGUUCAUUGAAUCAGACAAAGAUGAAAUCGAGAGACAGUUUUACCUUGGAGGAAAAGUGACAUGGAUGAACUUCUGGCUUGCAGAGAAGAGUUUUGUUGGGGAGAUGAUUCAAAGAGAUGCCUAUCAUGAAGUUACCAAACUUCUCGGGGACAUUCUUAAAUGGAGUUUAGAUCAGAUGCCCAUUGAUAACAUCAACAUAUACCAUCAUCCGGGCAGUGGUGGAAGUACAGUAGCAAGGCAGGUUCUAUGGAACCAUAGAAAGGACCAAAGGUGUGCAGUGGUGAAACCAUCUUACGCUGCUGGCACCGUUGCAGAACACGCUGUUAAACUUCGGGAGUAUGAGGAAAAGGAUCCACAGAAGUGCUUACCUGUGCUCUUACUCAUUGAAGAUUGUGACAAAGAGUAUUUGGAAGAUUUGAAGAACGAGUUAGAAGUAGCUGUCUACACCAAGAAAAUUGCACAGGGAAUACCAUGCUUCAUUCUCCUCAGCUGCAGACGAUCCUACACUCCAGAGAAACUGUGCAAGGGGUCACCUCUACUAAAUGUCGCUGUUACUCACAAACUUUCAGCACAAGAGAAAAGACAAUUUGCCGGUAAACGGCGAAAGCUUGAGAAACAGUUCCAGCCUGAGUUUAUCCUGACUUUCAUUUUGAUGAGUGAGGAAUUCGAACAUCAAGUCAUUGCCAAAUACGUAAAGCAGUUUGUAAGGCAUUUACUUGAAGACAUUGAUCAUGCAUCUGUUGUCACGCAACUCACUCGCUAUGUAGCUCUGCUCAACACAUAUGUUCAGAACUCGUUCAUUUCUCAAUCACAUUGUGAAGCCCUUCUCGCUUUAUCUAUCCGUGUGGACAGAUUUAGGCAACAAGAAUUUGAGGGUUCUUUGAGUGAACAGGCUAAACUGGUCUUUAUACAUUUGAGAGAUGAAAGGACCUACAUUAAAUCUAUUAGAAUCAUUCAUCCACUGGUCGCAAAGGAAAUUCUCCAUCAGCUUCUGGGUGGCAGACAACAGCAACAAAGUGAUCUUGCACUUGAUCUUCUCAAAAAUGAUGUACUCUUUGAACAUAGAUUUGGGAGAGAAGAUUACCUGAAGUUCCUUCGUGAUUUGUUCAUGAGACGGUACAGGAUUAGCAAAGGUGAUGAAUCAGACAGCUUUUUCUCUCCCCUCAUUGAGCAUGUAAGAGACGAUGAAGAACCAGAAAAAGCCAUCGAGCUUCUCAAUGAAGCAUACAAUAGAUUCAACCAAGAUGCAUUAUUUGCGCAGCAGCUAGCUCGUCUCACUUACAGACAUGAAAGAUUCGAAGAGGCAGAACGCUGGGCAAACAUUGCAGCAGUUAAAAUGCCUAACAACUCCUACAUUCUUGACACCAGAGGCCAGGUGUACAGAAGAUGGUUCACAACGAAAUGCAAAGCCAUGGAUAAAACUCGCAAAACAGCAGAGAACACAGCAGACGCCAUUGAAACAGCACUUAAAGCAAUUGAAUGUUUCCAAGAAUGUGAGAAGGCAGCAGUUGCAGACACUGAAUCAAUGAACAAUUCAGGAUUCUUUGCAGUUGUGGAGGUGGGAUGCAGCUUGUUAAAGCUAAUUUCUUCACUUCAUGUGUUUUCGAACAGGAGUGAUGGUCAUUCUGAAUGCCUGAAAUACCUUCUUACAGACCACAUACCCAAAGAGGUUGAAAAACCAUGGGAACACUUUCACAGCAAACUCAAAAAACUUCAAAGCACAAUGCGUGAAGCAUUGGAGUUUGUAUCAGAAGACCUGAGUUAUUUCCAGACAGACCUAAAUACAGAUGAGGAAGAAACCUCUGUAAGCUGUGAGACUACAGUAACUCAUCCAAAGCACUGGCUGGUAACCAAGUCUUCUGUUUAUGGCAAGUUUUUCAGUGAGGCUUCACUUAGUACCUUGCCUAGUCAUUGGCAGUCAAAUCCAGCCAAUAUGACUCCCUUCAUUAAACGCAUGAUUAUUUACAGACUUGGUGGGGGAAACCUCACAACAAUCUUUUCCCUCCUUGACCAGAAAGACAAGGACAAGGUCAAACUUUUGGAGGACAUAAUUUCACUGUAUCCAAAGAAUCCACAGGGUGCCAAAAUGCAUCAAUUAGAUCUGGUCAACUACAUAGCAUCACAUUUUGCUUUAAGUUCAGUCUCAGCCAUGUCACCUAAACUGGCUGCUCUAAGUGAUUUGCAAAGACUCAGCAACCUUUUCCCUCAUGACCAGUCAAGAUGCAUGUCAAGUGCUCUGUUUUUAUGCAUCUUGUUGUUUUGGCCAGAGGAGCAUGACACUGACCGUGAAAAGGAAGACAAAUAUGAAAUCGUUCUUUCUGCUCUCAAAUUUCUCCAGCAAACAUAUUGGGCCAAAAUGAAGAACAUCCCUCAUAGAAGAAGGAGAAUUUAUACCCACUUCUUUCUGGGAAAUGGAACUGGAUAUGGUAAAUUUGUCCACAAGAGUAAGAUUGAGAGUAUCACAAAACUACCCACAGUUUCAGAAAAGCGUAUGAAAUGGUUCAGAGGGGAAGUUUGGAAAACGCCAGAAAUUGCUGGAGUGCUUAAACGUGUGACCGGCUGGACCGAGGACGGGACUGUGUACCUUGAGGGUCCUAAGAAAAAAUUCCCAGUUCAUGCUCUUUAUGUACACUCAGUGCCUUAUGAUAAUGAGAAUGUUACUUUCUAUCUGGGCUUCACAUUCAGAGGUCCUGUAGCAUACAAUGUCACAGUAAGAAAGUAGUGAGAUUCUAACCAACAGGAGGCGACAAUUAGCUGAAAAACAAGUAAAUGAACAAACCCAAUUCACAGGAUAUUGCCGUAAUGUUUUAGCAAAACUAUGACCUCCAAGCGAACUGAACUCUUAAUAACUUAAUAACUCUUUUAGUCAAGAAAGUUUUACUUUAGUUCCUUGAUGCAUGGAAAACAAGGAGCCCUUUAUUGUUAAAUCCCUCCAGGAGUUUCAUCAGUAUUUUUGUGAUUGUUACAGCCAUAAAUUCUUGAUUUUGCUGCAGCUUUUUUUAAAUUUUGUCAUGCCACAUGCAGAGUUUCUUUUUCGGAAAACAUGACAUCGCAAGACACAUCUUGGCCCAAAUCUGUGGUAACUUAAAAAAAAUUCUCUGAAUAUCACUGCUUUUGCUUAAUUUCACAUUCAUUUAUGUGAGUGCAAAACUGCAAAACCCUGGAUUGUUCAUCAAAAUGACAUUGAAGUGUUUAGGAAGAUUCUGCAUUAUAAGCACUAUAUAAGAGAGCCCUGUUUGGGCGUUAAACAAAGCUCGUAUAUUUUUUAUUCACUUGGUAUUAAAGGAUCUCUCAGAUGAAUCAAUGUAUGUUAAUGAUAACGUUUAUUCUGUCUGUUGAUACCAUACUGCUUUUUUUACUUACCUUGCUGACAUAGUUGAUAUCAUGUUUCACCUCCAUCUUAAGAUAUAUUUAUUGUGACUGCAAUACUUUUAGUUACUAACUUGAAAAAGUUUACUUUUUAUGAGCAUUCUAUAAAACAGUUCUUUUGGUGAUGAUGACCAUAUUUUUGUGGACAUUUAUAUGUAUAUCCUAAAUAAAAUCUAUAUAUUUUUAUUAUUCAUCACUCUCGCUAUUAGAUAUGCAUUUGUUGUAGCAUUAAAUAAUAACAUUUAGCCUUUGCAUUGUUUUUAGUCUUUCCAAACAACUUGUAAUAAAAAAUAAAGCUCAUGUUAAAGAAUAUGAAGGAAAUCUGACUUAUUAUGUACUCUUGUAAUCCUUAAUUAAUAGUUAAUAAAUGUUUCUAUUAAACCAUGUAAACAUCAUUAUUCAAAAUGUUGUAUGUCUUUCCUUGUUGUGUAGCUUAUAGUGACUACAUUUGUAUUCCUAUAAAGAAUAUGACAUAACAUUUUACUAUAUUAAAUGAAUGGUUGAA